AUGUCCGUGGAGCGUAGGCCCUCCUCUGUAGAAACAAGCUCUCUGCUUGAGGAGGCCCCUCCUUCAUACCGUUCUGUAGAUGACGUCAACGACGGUAUUUCGUCCACGGAUUACAACGAAAACGCUCCUCCCAUCAACCAGUUUUCCAGAGCUGACAUCUUCUGGAUCCUAGCAGGUCUUUGGUCUGGAGUCUUUUUGGGCGCAUUUGAUGGUACCGUCGUUGCCACACUGUUAACGCCUAUAGGAAGCGAAUUCAACGCGUCAAAUCAAUCGUCAUACAUAGGGACGUCCUAUUUGUUAUCUGUUUGUUGUUUUACGCCCCUCUAUGGACGCCUUUCUGACAUUCUUGGUCGAAAGGGCGCUAUGCUGUUAGCUUUAUCACUCUUUGGAACUGGAACUAUAUUGUGUGGUGUGGCCCCUUCAAUGAAUGCGCUCAUUGCGGCACGAGCAAUAGCGGGAAUGGGUGGCGGAGGAGUCAUGACAGUCGCGAGCAUCACCGUCACAGAUCUUAUACCUCUAAAACAGCGUGGGCUGUAUCAAGGAAUGGCCAAUAUAUUGUAUGGUCUCGGAGCUGGUCUAGGUGGCCCCUUGGGAGGCUGGGUGAGCGACGUAUUUGGCUGGCGAAGCGCGUUUUACAUGCAGGCUCCGGUCCUUCUCUUCAGCAUUGUUCUGGUUGCGACCAAGGUGAACAUCCAGUUGUCAGACGAGGUUCAAAAUCAGAAACUUUCAGAAAAACUCUGUCGCAUGGAUUUUCUGGGUUCUCUGACGCUUGUGGCAGCUGUCGGUUGUUUCCUUUUAGGAAUCAACUUGAAAACCGCUGAGGAAUAUGAGUGGUCGGACCCCUUGAUCCUCGGACUUCUUAUCACCAGCCUUAUUUCAAGCUGUUUCUUCGUGAUGGUCGAGAAAUACUGGGCACCAUUCCCCGUAAUGCCUCUGAGAUUAAUGACACAAAGGACUCCUCUUGCCGUCUCACUAUCGAACCUUCUCACGAGUAUGACAGCAUUCUCAAUGGCAAAAAUAUGUGCUCUGUACAAUGCCCCAUUGUAUUUCUCUGCUGUACGAUUAGAAUCGGCCGCCACAUCUGGUCUACAUUUGUUACCGCACUCUAUCGCCAUUUCAACUGGGAGUGUCUUUGCUGGCUGGUACAUGCGAAGAACUGGAAAGUUGUAUGGGUUGACGCUGAUAUCGUCGAUGUUGACUAUCAUUGCGAGCAUACUGGCAAGUUUGUGGAAUGAGCAAUCUUCUGCUUUUCACCUGUGGGUAGACCUCAUCCCCCAAGGGUUUGGCAUGGCGAGUUUCAUCACCACUACGCUGAUAGCUAUGAUUGCUGGCGUUUACAAAGAAGACAUGGCUGUUGCCACGGGAAUUACGUAUCUUUUCCGGACCACUGGUCAAGUCCUAGGCGUUAGUCUUUCUGGCGCAGUCUUACAAGCUGUAUUGUUACAUCGGCUGAGACAGCGAAUACGGGGACCUGACGCUGAGGAGGCGAGUGUUACUGCAACAGCUUUCCUACAUACAGCGCAGGUCAUACCCACGCUGAACCCGACGCUGCGCAGAAUUGCCGUUAAUUCCUAUGCGGACGCCUUACGCGUCGUCUUUAUCUGUCAAACUGCAAUUAACGUGCUGGGAUUUAUCGCUUGCCUUUCCAUACAGGAGAGUCCACUACCGCAAGUUGUCAUUCCUUUGUUCGUUUCUGUCGACUGA